GUCAAGUUUCAAGCGUUGUGAUAGCUUCAGAUAGCUUCUUAAAAGGUUAACCGAAAAUGGAAGAUCCUUCAAGAUUUCAACAAUGGUUCAAGCCAAAAUUCCGUGUUAGUAUAAAUAAAAAGCAACGAAAGGAGAUGAAUGAAAAUAGACGAAAUAAAAGAAAUGACUUGUUCAUGGAAAAGAGGGGUAUCCGAGAUCUUAGUACUUCUCCAGAGGUAAUAGAGGAAAAGGUGGUAAAAAAUCCGCGAUUAUUGGCUUUAAAAGCAUGGAAGGAAAAAAGAAACAAAGAAAAAUUAGAAAAACAAGCGAAUAAAAAGCCAAUAUUUAAAGUCCAACAUAUUUCCAUCGAUAUUGGUGCACCUAAUUUGGAAUUUAUCAACAAAACGAUUAAAGGAAAACGGUUUGAUAUUAAAUCUAAAAAAACCAAAAAAGAUUCGGUAACUGUGAUGGGGUUUAAAGUCAGCGAUAUAAAACAAGGAAAUGAUGGAAUCACAUCUAGAUUACGAAGUAAAACUAAACCAUCUAGUGUUCAAAAUAAUUUAAAAAGUACAAAUACUCAAAAAGCAACCAUUUCAAAUGUAGAAACUAAACGAAAAACUAAAAAUGUACCUGAAAAGAAGCCAAAUCAUGUAACAAAUAAUAAGAAAAAACCUUUAAUGGAGAAUAAUAAAGAUUGCUCACCUGUUAAGCAGUUUCCUGAACAAUCCAAUAAUUACUACACCUCACCAGUACAACAAAAACUUGCAGCUGCUUAUGUUAGCCCGUUUGUUACAAUAACAAGAGGAAAAUCAAGCGCAAGAAAAGAAUACAAAAUGAGAAGAUCCCAAGGUGGUUUAUUUGAUGUUUCAGAUCAAUUGGCUAAAGCAACUGGGAAUCAAGCAGGAGCGGCUCACUUCCAUCAACUUUUAAAUGCUGAACUUGAAAGAAUUGAGAAAAUGUGUGAUGAUUGGAUAAAAUAUAAGAAUGACACAGACCCACCGGAAGAAGCUUGUGAUAUGAUCAACACAGCAAUAGGACAAUCAAAGUUAUUAAUAAACAAGAAAUUUCAAAGAUUUCGUGGAUUAAUUAUAGAUUGUGAGAUGAAUAACUCGGUAAAACCGGUAACUUGUACGGAUUUACACGGUUAUUGGGAAGUGAUUUGUCUAGAAAUUGAUGAUGUUAACAAAAGAUUCGAAUACUUAAACAAAUUAUGCAAUAACAAUUGGGAGGAAAUUUUGCCCAUUGUAAACAAACCGCAACCGAAAAGGAAGGUUAUUAAAAAAGCGUCGAAACCAUCAGUACAAACUCAAUCCUCUUUAAGAGAUUUAAUUAAAGAAAAACGUUUAAAAUUUAAAGAAAACGCUGAAAAGAAUGAAAAUAUUCCCCCAGUGUCUAACUCAAGAGUUACUAGGUCAAGUUUAUCAGUGUCUUUUAAGAAUAAUGAUAUUAGAGAGAGUGUGAGUUCUCCAGAUUUAGCUAUGGUUGAAAAUGCAUUUAGUAAAAAACGAAGAGUAACAAUUUCGGCUGAUACAACACCAGCUAAGGGUAUUCUAAAAACACCACAUGCAAAAUCUUCAAAGAAAAAGCUAGUUUUGUUUAGAUCAAACGCUAUUGAUAUAGAAUCUCCACCCAUAGCAAUUUCAAAACCAAGGAGAAGUUCAAAAAGAAUUAGCAAAAUGUUGCAGGAUCGAAGUGAAUAGUAAUAUUCCAAUUUUAAAUGUAAUAGAAUUUUUUUGGUGUACAAUAUUUUAGUUGAUUGUUUAUUGAGGUUCUAUUAUAUAAAUUGUUACGACGUAAUAUAUCUUUGAGAUGUGAUAUAGAACCUCAAUUUACUUAGUACAUAUAAUGUUUAAGGUUUUAUUUUUAUAAUGAAUGAGUUAUUGAAUUAAAUAAAAGAGCUAAUUAUUGAGUAA